AUGGUUCCCCGCCCGGCCUUCGUGUUCCCCGCCCACGUCCCUUCGUACUUUCUCGGACACAUGGCCCGCUCACUCCGAGACCUCCCAAAAGUCCUGAGCGACAUCGACCUGGUCAUUGAGGCCCGAGACGCUCGACUACCGCUCAGCGGUGUAAAUGGGAACUUUGAGCGAGUGAUACGGCGAGCAUGGGGCGGGAUGGGCGCUGGCGGUAAAGUCAGGGAGAGGAUUGUGGUGUAUACGAAGAGGGACUUGGGGGAGCUUCGGUAUGAAGAGCCACUUCGGAAAGCCUUUCUCGAGCACGCAGGCCAAAAGGUCUUCUUUGCAGAUACCAAUUCCGACAAGGACGUCAAGCACAUCCUACGAUAUGCUGUACAGGUAGCAAACGACAACAGGGCAGUUAUGAACGAGAUGAAGAUUCUCGUGGUUGGUAUGCCAAACGUGGGCAAAUCAUCCCUCCUCAACGCUCUCAGAAGAGUUGGCGUCCAUAAGGGCAAGGCGUUCCGGAUAUCCUCUCAGCCAGGCUACACCCGCAAGCUCACGGGUACGGUCCGUAUCCACUCUGAGCCGGACUUGUACGUAUACGACACGCCGGGCGUCAUGGUGCCAUACAUGGGCAAGGGGGAGAAGGGAGCGGAAAGGGCGCUGAAGUUCGCAUUGACCACCGGAAUCAAGACCGGCCUGUUCGAAGAGGAACUAGUAGCCGAGUACCUCCUCUACCUCCUCCGGCUGCAUCACUACGACCGCCAUCCCACGCCCUCCACACCAUCAUGGCAGACAGCGCUUGGCCUACCGGGUAAGCCAAUCGAAUCGCUAGGCGAGCUCCUUGAGGCCUUGGCGAGGCGGCUCGGUACGCUCCGGAAGGGCGGAGAGGCGGAUACGGAUGCAGCGCUGGUGUACUUCCUCAAAGCAUUUAGGGGGGGGAAGUUGGGGAGGAUGACGAUCGACGAGCUG